GGACCCGUAGAACCACAUGUCUGGUAACCGAUUUUGAUUUUCUUUUCGGCGGUAUAAUGCUCCAAUUAAUUGAUUAAUUGCGGUUAAUUGACAACACCAGUGAACGGCGAAAGAUCGGUGCGACCAGAAACGAGUCGAGUGUGUGUGCGAUUGGCAAAAAAUCGAGAUCAAUAAUAUUCGUAACGUUCUGCCCACCAGCGCGUGAGUGAGUGCGAGCGAGAGGCAACGAGUCCAGUGCGAGUGCGAGCAGUGCGAAAGUGUGUGUGCGAGGAAACCCGCAAAAGCAAUAGCAAAGCAACAAUAACAACACACGUACGCACACACACACCCCCACAUAUAUAUUCACACGCGGAGCGGAAAGUGCGUAGUGAACAUACAUACGAAAAAAAAAGUGGGAGAGAGAUCAGAACAAAAUCAAAUUCUGAUUCUGGCGUUCAGUCAUUUUCUGUUCGGAAGCCGAUCUCUCGAUCAACCGCAUCCCGUUGAGCAGGCAAGGAAGCAGCCAAGAGUUUCCCCUGACCCGACAACGAGGAUCAGCCGCUGACGAAACCGGAGCAGGAGCAGCGGAUUUGCUGCCCACUCUGGAGAGGAAACCGGAGUCGAAGACACCGCAGGAGUAGCAGCCACAAGUGAGGAGCAUGUCCGGCAAGGAGGAGACGCCGUCCACGGGAGGAGCCGCUCCUGUGACCACCAUCGCCGCUUCUGGCAGCGCCGCCACCACCUCGUACGCCAAUGUGGUGCAGAACCUGGACACCAAGAAGACCACCACCGGCAGCAGCACCACCACCACCACCGCCGUGGACAACAAAGAGAACCAACCCAAUCUGAAGAGCUUAAAGUCGUGGAGCGAGGAGGCCGCCGCCGCCGAGGCAGCCGCCGUUGGGGAAUCCCCGCUGGCCAGCAGUGUUAGCCUGGCCCAAACGGGGGAGAAACGCGCCGCCGCCUCGGGAGGCGAUAACACCGCCGAGAACUCUUCGGAACUGGACGAUAACAAUGACUUUGUGCCGGUGCUAUCGCACCACCGACGCGAUCGCAAAAAGGCGCGCAAGGAGAAGCCGCGCGAUCAACAGCCGACCGGAGGACGUGGCGAUGGUCAGAAAUCCCAGCAGGCUGGUGGUGGCAGACGCAUCCCCGGCACCUCCGAUCCCGAUCGCAAGCAGUCGGUGAGGUCGCGUGCCCCACGCGGCGGAAGUCCCCGCAAGGCUGCCACGGGAGCUGUUGCUGCUGCAGCAUCCAAUGCUGGAGGAGCUGCAGCCGCUGGUGCUGCCCCGGGCGGACCGAAGGUACACAAGGAUCGCAAGGACACCUCGCCGAGUGCCAGCAUCGAGGGAGCCGGGAGCAAUGGCAGCGGCAACGAGGCCAAGUCCGGCGACGGGGACCAGCAGGCGGGCGAGAAGGGGGCAGCCGGAGCAGCUCCGCCGCCCAAGCGAUUCAUUGCCGCACCACCGCCCAAGGUCAACGCCUGGAAGAUAUCGGCUAAACAAUCCGGCAGCCCAAAGGCAGGAACUUCUCCAUUGGACAAACGUGUUUUGCAGCCCAAGGCACAGCAGCAACAACAAACCAAGCAGACUGCCAGCCAAAGCAACAACGCACAGAACACAGCCAGCAACAAAAAGACACAACAACAGCAGCAACAACCGCAGCAGCAACAGCAACCUCAACAGGGCGCAACACCAGCAGCAACAACAACUGUACAGACAACAACAACAGCAGCAGCAAGCACAACAGCAGCAGCAGCAACACCAUCAUCCGCAACAGCAACAACAUCAUCAGCAGCAGCAGCAACAACUGAAACAGCCGCAACAACAACUACUGUUGAUGCCAGUCAGGCAGAUGUGCUUGCCAAAGUCGUGGUAAAGGACAAAAAGAAGGUCAAUCAGAAGGCCAGCGACUUUAGCAACGUUGGUGACUGGCCCACGCUAAUUGGCGGAACUUCUGGCAGUGGCAAAGCCACCAGCAACGAACCCAAGCGCAACCCAACGAAAAAACAGCAGCCAGCCAAAACAGCAGCUGCAGUAGCAGCCAGCAACACCACUUCAAGUGAAGUUGCCACAGAGUCUAACGUCGCCCCCUCGAGCAGCGGCAGCAGCAACAGCAAUCCCAGCAGCAGCACCGCCACCGCCACCGCCACCACCAACAACCAAUCCACAACUGCAUCUGUUGCCAGCACGAGUCAUGAUGCCAAAGCCCAGCGAGACGCUGAACCAGCGGCCAAUGCUGCUGCAGGAGCUUCUGGCACCGCUGCCGGGCCUGCCCUCACCAAGAAGCUACCCAAGCACAAGUGGCGUCCGCUGCCCAUCGAUCUGGCUAAGUCCAGUCGCCCCAAGCCGAUUGGCGGCCGGCCAAAUCGGCGGCUCAGCGAUGAUGGCGCCGACCAGCGCCGCCCACCGCGCGUCUACCAUGACCGCCAGCCGGGCGCUGGAGGAGCGGGAGGCGAGUCGCGGCAUCCACACGCUGGCCGGCAUCCGUACGGGUCACGCACAGCGGCUUCUACGUCCGAGCGCGUGGAUUCCUGGCGUAGCAGCAGCAGCACCACCGCCGCAGCGCUCGAUGAGCAGCGCUCUGGAGCAGCGGGUGGUGCCGGGUCAACAGCAGCAGCUGGCUCAGCACCGCGCGGGCCGCGUCGCUACCGGACGCCGUACCGCGGCGGGCGGCAAGGCCGGGGCGGAUUCUCCCGACAGGGACCAGGUCGCCCGACUCAUCGCAUACCACGCCAUCUGCUAGCUUCGGGCGAGUAUGCCAACUAUCUGCCGGCGGACGCCGCCGGCGCCGACUCCUCGCAGUCGUCGUAUGUGCUCAUGGGCACCCACUACUUUGGCAACGUGCCCGCCGCCUACAUCGAAAUGGACGCCACCAGCGUCAAGGAGGCCAUCAAGAAGCAAGUUGAAUACUAUUUCAGCGCCGACAAUCUUACCGGCGACUUCUUUUUGCGCCGCAAAAUGGACCCCGAGGGCUAUAUCCCAGUCACCCUGAUCGCCUCGUUCCAUCGCGUUCUCGCACUGACCACCGAUGUGGCUUUGAUUGUGAACGCCAUCAAGGAAUCGGAUAAACUGGAGCUCUUCGAGGGCUACAAGGUGCGCACCAAGACGACACCGACCACUUGGCCCAUCACCGAUGUGCCGGAGACUCAGGAAGGGGAACUUAAGGCUGGCGCCCAGGUGGUGGAGCAGAAUCAGCCGGAGAAGCAGGGGGAUGAGGAGAAACUGGAGGAGCAGACUGAGGUCGGUUCGCCGCCGCCCGUUCUCACAGCGGCGAUGGCCACAAAGCCGCUGAGCAGCAUUCCGCCGCCGCCUGUGCCAAGGAACUCACAGAAUCUGGUGCCCAAGAUGUUGCAGGAAAAGCAGCAGCAGAGAUCAACUCUCAACUCUGUUAAUGCGAUCAGUGUGCUGACCCAACAGGUGGAGGGUGGUGCCGCCGAGCUGGCUGGACAUUUGAGUGGACUGGCGGAGAGUGUGAAGCCCAAGUCGACAUCGACGCCGGACAAGAGGUCUGCGGCUGCUGCAGCGGGCAAGGGAGCUGGUGCGGCGGCAGCUGCUUUGGUAGCGGAGCCGGAGGGCAUGUGGAAAGAGGUAAAGAGACGCUCCAAAUCAAAUGCUAUCAAAGAAAACGCUACUACACCACCACAACAACAACAGCCACCGCUUUCACAAACGCUCAACAACAAUAAUAACGAUAAUGUCAAAACGAACAACACCUCGUCCACGUCCAAGUCCAAGUCCACGUCCAACAACGCCCCAUCCAACGCCUCAUCAUCAGCCACUGUGUGUGUAACCACCAACAAUGCUUCCUCAGCCACCAAAGCAACCACCAAUAAUGCCACCAAAACCACAACCACCUCCACCGCCACUACCACCACGAACAACAACAUAAAAUCUGGCAAUGCUGCUUACUCCAAAACCCACUCCAAAUCCUCAUCCAAAACAGCUGCUCCGCCAUCCGCUCAGUGCCAUGCCGAAAAGGAAGAACUAGACUUCCAGUUUGACGAGGAGCUAAUGGACCCCCUACCCCCCGGCACCGGACGCAUCAACAACUUCACCGAGAACUUCUCCGACGACGACGAGUCCGAUUACGAGUUUGCCGAUCGUGACAUUAACAAGCUGCUGAUUGUCGCCCAAGUGGGUCGAGCACCCAAACACGAGGGCUACGACCGCACCGCCGACUUUACAUCGCGCACGAAAAUCACCCAGGAUCUAGAGAACAUCAUCAACGACGGUCUGGUCAACUAUGAAGAGGAUCUGUGGACCACUACCAACGUUGUGACUGAUUACAAGACUGUUAAUGUGAUUUCCCAGGCGGACUUUGAAAAGCUGGCCGGUGGUCGAAUCAAAUCCGUGAUGGCGCAGCAGGUGGUGCCCCCACCGCCGCCAAUUGAAGAGGAUUUGGAUGAGACCCUUGUGGGUGAUACUACACUGAACUCCACGCUGAACAACACCCUGAAAUCCCGACGUGCCCGCUUUUAUGCUGCUCCUAACUCGCACUCGAUUGAUCCCCGGACGCCGAGGAAGAGGAAACUCCGCCACACCGCCAAUCCGCCAGUGGAGGCCCACGUCGGUUGGCUGCUUGACACCGUGGAGCACCGACCGCGCACCACAUCGAUGGGAUCCUCGGCGGGCACAUCGCCCACUGCCUCAUCGUACGGAUCGUUUGGAUCCUCGGUGCCGCAAUCGUUGCCCAUAUUCCAGCAUCCGUCGCAUGCACUGCUCAAGGAGAACAACUUCACCCAACAGGCCUACCACAAGUACCAUUCGCGGUGCCUCAAGGAGCGCCGACGAUUGGGCUACGGACAGUCGCAGGAGAUGAACACCUUGUACCGCUUCUGGUCGUUCUUCCUGCGCGAGAACUUCAACAAGAGCAUGUACAACGAGUUCCGCUCGCUGGCGCUGGAGGAUGCCGGCAAUGGCUUCCGCUACGGUCUCGAGUGCCUUUUCCGGUUCUUCUCGUACGGCUUGGAGAAGAAGUUCAGACCAAAUGUCUAUCAGGAUUUCCAGGACGAGACGGUUGCCGAUUAUGAAACAGGUCAACUGUACGGCCUUGAGAAGUUCUGGGCCUUCCUCAAAUACUACAAGAACGGCGAGAAGUUGGAGGUGCAGCCCAAAUUGGCAGAGUACCUGAAGAGCUUCAAGAACAUUGAAGACUUCCGCGUGGUGGAGCCAGAGAUCAACGAGAUGCUGCAGGGAGUGGGCAGCCUGAAUCCCGGCCGUCAGCUCAACCGUCACCGCAGUGUGUCCGAGAGCGAUGGCACGGCUGUUAUAACGGCCGGCGGACGUCGCCUCAAUACCACCAUCACCAAUCGCAGCGACUAUGUGGGCAGGUUGUUGCAGCAGCAGCAGCAACAACAGCAGCAACAGCAAUACCACCAUCAUCAGCAGGGCUACGGGGGCUACAAUCAGCAGCAAAACCGCAGACGCACAGGCUCCUUCGGCAGCAGCACAGUGCGCAUUCGCAGCGGAUCCCUGGGCAACAAGCCGCAGGUGGCCAAUCGCAAUCAGGGAUCGCAGCACGAGUUGCGACGCGGCGGCAGCAAUACAGGCCUGGCGCCACACAAGCGACAACAGCAGCAACAGAAACCGAAGCCUGGAGCAGGAUCACAGACAAACUCAGCACGUGCCACAACAUCAGCGGCAGCAGCAGUGGCAGCCGCCGCUUCGGCAGCAGCAACAUCAUCUGCAGCGGCAACAGCAGCAGCAACGCCAGCGGUAACGGUAUCGGGCUCGUCAUCGUCACAGAAGUAGUUACACAAUAAUGCAGAGACACUUUGAAUUAGGUGUAAGUUAAUAUCUACGACUUAGUUUUCAGGGGCACGCGCAUCCGAUGCUCCGCACUCUUUUGUUUAUUCAUUCUUAUUAUUCUUUUGUAGUAUUCAAGUCAAGCGUAAAGUUGGAACAGUCGUUAGCGUUUAGCAUAAUUAAGUGAAAUUUUUGAAAUUUGUUUAUUGCAAUUUGCCUAGCGCUCGUUGGUUUAGUAGUUACGAUUCUAAUUGUUUGUUUCUCGCAUACCCUCGACAAAAAACUAAAAAAUGGUUGCUUACGAAAUGCUCAAUGCUCACACAAAACAAAAACCACUCACACACACCAAUUACACACAGCGGGGUCUGUCUGCUUUGUACCAGUGCCAACCAGCCAUGAUCUUGGAAAAAAAUAACGAAACGAUUGCCCUUACAUUUUUGUUCUGUUGAUUAUUCUCCUUAUUUUUUUAAUGCGAUGCAAAAACCAAGGCAAAUUUUCCUACUUAGAGCAGCGUUAAUAAUUGACGUAAUGCCAUGAACUGUUGUACUAUACGAUUAAAGAUAAUAACCAUAACGAUAACGAUAUAACCUAUGCAUAUAUUACCUAACGAAAACUGAAAACAAAUCAAACGAAAUUGAUACACAACAAAAACCAAAUGAUCUUAAUGCAAAUAAAUUUUGUAAAUUACAAAAGAAUAUAUAUAUACAUAUAUAACUCCGUAUGAAGCAAGAAAACGCGUAUAUAUGAUUACUAUUAUUAUGAUUAUUUUUUUGUGUGUGACCUAAGCGCAAAUGUAAAAUGUAAUUGUUUAAGAGGCAGCGAGAACUUGUAAUCCUUAAACCCAAUUGAGGCAAGCGGGGCUCAAGUGCCAGCGAAUUUUAGUUGUUUAAGCAUUUACCACAAGCCAGUCCAGCGCAAUCGCCAGCGGUAUAGCAAUAGGUAUCCGACUUGGACUCGGGUCCACAGCUUCCCCUGUCGCAGUGCACUGCCCCCAGUCUAUAGCGAUCCGAUCUAUCUAUCGAAUUGGUCCACCCCCGAAAACCUCAGAACUUCGUACCCCGCCAAGCAUUUAGAAGCAUGUCAAAAACCAUUUAUUUUUUACCUUUAGUUUUUGCACUUGUUAAUUUUUAAUUCGAGAAAACUACGACUAUAAAAAAUUCUAGAAAAAAAGAACAAAAAAAUUUUAAAAACACAAAAAUUGUCAAGUCCAAAAAAAGUUUAAAACUUUAUAAAAACAACAAAGGCAAAUGAUGCAAACGAAAAAAAAGCAUUAAGAGAUAAUGAAGUUUGUUUCGCAUAGUGAAUAGAUCUAAAUUUAAAACAUAUGUGAGAAAUCAAAUGUAAGCUUAAUACGGAUAACAACUAUAUAUAUCUGCAUAUAUCCAAACACACAUAUAGAGAGACUUUAAAGCGUGACUGCAAUUUGAGAAUACUAUAACUAAAUAAGAGGCGAACGGUGAAGUUGUCCGAUGCCGCCUGACGGUGAGCAGUUUGCAAAACUCUCUCAAGGUCCUUCAGCCCCUCGAUUUUGCUUAGCUCAUCUAGCCUAAGCAAGCAUACACACAGCACACACCACACACCACACCACACCACGCAAAUACGAAAAGUGCAAAGAACGUUUCAUUAAAUAUUAUUUUGUAAUCAUUAGAUAUCUGUAAAUAUACUUCCCUGCUUCUUUUUUAAAA